CUUAUCAUCAUCAGCAAGCAAAAAAGUUUAGCUACGUGCCGUAGAGUUUGCAAAAUUGUAAAAUAAUUCUUCUAAUCAAACUUGGAAGUUUGAAAAAACCCUUUCAAAAUGUUCACGGUCUUGCACGGAGUGAGGAAAACCAUUCGCUGACGAUAUAAGCGGGUUCAGUGUUGGAAUAAAAAGUGAACUGAAAAUUUUUUCGCCGUUCCGCUUCCGCAAGCUGGCUUUCUUCGACAUAAUAGGAAAGAAGUUAGUGCUGUGUUAAUAUUUUUUCCCGAGUGGUGCAUCAAUCUGCUCUGAUUUAGUUUUGUUAACAGAGCCUGGGUGAAAUUUGGUUUUAACGAUGGCGGAAAGAUACACUCAUCAGUUGCUGAAAGUGGUAGUGGCUCAAGUAUGUCAGACUAUUGGGUGGCACUCGAUUCAGUCAACGCCGUUGGAAUUGAUGAUGGAUAUUUUGGACCAAUAUAUGAGAGACAUUACGCGGUUGACCCAUCGCUACGCUGAGCUGUACAACCGUACCGAUCCAAAUCUGGAUGACGUUGCACUGGCUUAUCGUGAGAUGGGAAUCAACCUCGGCGAUUUGCAGGAGUAUUUGCAGUUCGUAGAUCCGAUUACUCGACCAUUCGAGGUGCCGAAAUAUCCGCUGCCGAAGGACAGUCAUCUAAAUUUUUUAAAACCCGGCAGCAAGGAGGUGCUGUCACGCCCGGUACACAUACCGGAGCAUAUGCCACCGAUGUUGGUCGAUUCGGAAGAGGAGCUCGAAGAGGCAAAUCGACGGCAGAUGAGACAGGCUCAGCUUCUGGAAGAAGAAGAAGAAGCACAGAAGGGGACAACUGCAGGGGUGAUGGACGAUGUUAAGCCUGAAAUGGGGGAUUUUGUUGAGAAGUUUGAGGAAGUUGCCGCUGAAGAAGUGGCAGUCAUGGAAACGAGUCAAAAUCAGGAGGAACCCACAUUCAAACGUCCACCGGAGCUGGGAGUAGAAGUGGCAAGUAAUGAGGUUGUUCGAAAAACGCGGCCACUUACGGAAGAGGGCCGACCAACAAGGGAAAUAAGCAGUGUUAUUAUGACGACUUCAGGAUUUAUUUCUCCAGCGCGUGAAGGAAAGCUGCCAGAUUCAAAGGUUCCCGAGAUUCCGGAGGAAAAACCGAAAUUAUCGCCACCGCCACCACCGACUCCGGUAGCUUUGCCGAUUGCCAAGAUGGAUGAUAAGUUUCCCAAAAAGACAAAGAAAAAGCCACCGGAAAAAGAAAAAAAGAAGGAUAAAAAAGUAGAAAAAAAGAAGGAUCUAAGCGAGAGAGAUGCGCUUAGUAGACCUGCGACCCCAAUGGUAAAUGUUGCCGAAUUGCCUCCACCGGUUGGAGACACAGAGGAUGUAAAACCGGUUAUUACGGCACCGGAACCUAUUGCAAAACAUCUAGCACCUUCGGUGGAUGUGAAACCAGAAAUAAUUUUGCCUUCUCCAGAACCGGAAAAGGUCUCAAUACCGGUGGCAGCGGUAAAACCGUUUGAGAAAGUAAAGAAAGAGAAAGUUCCGCGCAAGAAAAGACAACCUUCACAGGCCAAGCUUAAGACAGCGCAGCCUUCUUCAAUUGUCUUAAAUCCUGCUGCUAUGGAUAUUGGUGGCUUGUUUCCAGUGCCACAUUCACAGCAAGGACAGCCACCGCCCCUAUUGCAUCAAGUUUCCCCUCCAAAACUCCCAAAACCUAAACGCGCUAAACUGACUAAGAAACAAAUUCAGCAGCAGUACCUAGAACAGAUGCAACAAUUCCAUGCACCUCUCAACGCGCAGAGUAUUCUAGAAAUGUUCACUCCGGGCAAAAAACCACUUCCAGGCAUGUUUCAACCCUCGCUUUUUGCGUCACAACAGCAGCUGCAACAGAUGGCUCCACAGAAACAAUCUUUUCCGGACAGUUCAACCCAGACUCAGCUGGACAUUCUACAGAAGUUGCAUCCCAGUUUAGAGAUUACUCCAUCGCCAGGUCCUUCGUCGACCGGUAGCGGACCCGGCCUUCAAAAUACUUCUCCGGAAAAACAUAAACUGAACAUAUUCAAGAAAGUGGCCAAAAAGGACACCUCUCCUGCCGUUUCCUCUACGACAAACCAAGGCCCAAUCAUUAUAAUCGACGAUGAUAAAAGCCCUCCCCAUCAGCCACAAUUCCCGACAACGCCGAUGGCUAAGAAACGUGUCCCGAAGACGUCCAACGUUGCCGGAAACUUUCCCUUUCAGGAUACUCUCUCCUCGCCGGAUAUGCCAUUCAACAUCAACAUGAACACUGCGGAACAUUCAAAUAUGGGGCUACUGUCGUCCUUUUCUCGCGAUUUUUCACCUCCCAAAACCCCGUCCAACAUGCCGAAAACGCCAGACAUCAAGCUGCAGUCCAGUUCGAGCUCUAGUGCAUCGUGGAUGAGUGAUUCCGGUAAACUGUCCGUUGGUCCUGGACCUAUUUUUGGUGACUUUCCAAAUUUUGGCAUGCCAGGUCCUGUGAAAGAAGAAAAGAAAAAACGUCAGCGACAAAAGCAGCCUCGUGCUGUAACUCCCAAAAAGGCUAAAAAUGCUCAACUGUUGAACGAGCUUAAUCUUCUGCAGCAAUUCCAACAACAGCAGCAACAGCAACAACAACAUCAACAAUCUACGGUGCCGGUUGGUGGCAUGGACAAAAAACCCCUUCACGAUGCAGUUUCAUCGUACACCAAACUACUGAACCAAGCAAUGCCACCGGCAAUGCUAUCUUCACAGGUUCGCAAUCCUAUGUUCGGUAUGUUUCCACUCCCGUCCGGGCCUGGUUUGAUACCGGAAAACCCUCUUUUCAAUCCAUUUUCCGGCCAGCCCUCGUUCUUUCCGACCGGGCCCUUCGGAAUGCCUGCAAUGCCUCCGCGCUUCGACAUUGGCAAUCUGCUUCGGUACCCGCGCCCGCCAAAGCCACAGAAAAAUGCCGAUAGCUACGAGAACCUGGAUCCGGAGACAAAACUCGCUCACACUCCGUUGGACUUGCAGAAAAGCACUUGCAAUGUUGCACCACUCGUACCACCGUCACUUCAAAUCGAACCAAUAUCUUCACCUGUUUCCAAACCCGUACAAAGUCGGAAGCAAACCGUUCAAUCCGCUAAGGACCGUCCUUCUCCGAUGCAACACCAACCUCCGCCACCCCAGGAGCACUCCUUGAACCUCUCCACCAAAACCACCAACAUCUGCAGUCCAAUGCCGGCUCAAUCGAUUAUUCCCAAAAUACCAAUGUCCAAAUCCAUCCUUCCAUCCACCUUUUCAACGACCACUUCAACAGCAGCUCCUCAUUUACUGGCACAAAAAUUGCUAGAUCCCUCUCCAUCUAUCAUCCCACCGCCAACUACCAUGAUACCAGCAGAACCGAUGCAAACCCUCCCUUCAGCGGCAGUACUACCAGCAACUGCCACACACCAUCUGAACCAACCGCUGCCCACUACUGCAGUGGCACCGACUACCGUUACACCGAUUGCUCCCGGCGAAACGAUUGUCAUCGGUUCCGAUUCGGACACCAACAGUCAGUCGACCGUAACGAUGGCAGCGAUGGGUGCCGGCACGGGAAGCGGAAUCGGCUCCAAGAAGGAUAAAUCGGAAAAGCGCAAGAACAAGGAACACAAAAAGGACAAGAAACUAAAGGAGGGCAAGAUCAAGAAGAAGAAAGACAAGAAAGAUAAAAGCAAAAGCAAAGAUCGCGACCGCGAGAGACCGAAAUCAUCCCACUCAUUAUAUCCGGAUAUAGCAUCAGUUCCGGACCCUGCACCGAUCGAUACAACCAGCGCCCCAUCCGAUGAGUCCGGCCUGCAAGAGCAACUUCGUCGAAAGGAGAAAAAAGAGAAGAAAAAGGAAAAGCUCAAGAAGGAAAAACGAAAGGAAAAGGAACGGGUUGCUGCGUUGGAAGGAACCGGCGACUAUCGUGCGACAGCAGCAGCGUUCGGUGCUCUGUCAGGAGCUGGAUCUUCCAUUCCGAUAGGUACGGCGACCGUGGUAAGCAGCAUGGAAUCUCGUGACCGCGGGGACACCCCCGUACCGAAGUUGAUGCUAAAGUUGGGAUCCAGUGCCAAUCCUUCGCCGAGAUCCAACACACCGGACGUACCGCCGGUGGAGCUCGGCGGUCUGGCGAAAGAGGAAAAAUCCGAAAUCAAACGGGAAGCCUCUCCAGAGCUAGCACGCAUAUCGGCUCUGGUUACGAGACCUCCGAAAUCUAAAACACCAGGCGGUAAAAGUAAGAUCAAAGAGGAAGAUGGUACUAAACUGUCCAAAUCGUUUGACCAUUCUAGUAAGAUAGCCGGAAAGUUGGAUUUCGCAGCUGAGGUGGCUACGGUUAAACCACGACCCCGAGGUAUUCAGCCAUUGCCAGAUUCAAUCGAUUUGUUUUCGGUUACACCGACCCAUAACCCUUCUACGGUUAGUGGAUUCAAAUCCACACAGCACACGGCUUCAGCGGGAAUCGGCACCGCUGGUGGAGAUUCGACGCCGCAUUCUUCGAAGAAACCAUCAAAGGAACCGAAAUCGUCUAAAUCGCAUAGCAGUGGUAGCAGCGGUGGAGGCAGCAGCAGCAGCAGCCUGUCCGUUAGUUUGGGCGUCUCCAUUCCUGCCCCGCUCAGUGCGCCCGUCAAUGUGAAAGACGCCGAUGGAAAUGUCGUAUGGAUUUGUCCUGCAUGUGGCCGCGUCGACGACGGAACGCCGAUGAUCGGUUGCGAUGGUUGCGACGCCUGGUACCACUGGGUUUGCGUUGGCAUUCAGGUUCCGCCGGAUUCUAACGAGGACUGGUACUGUCGAGUGUGCAUCGGCAAAAAGCAGGAAUCGCACGGCGAUGAAAAGCAACGAAAACGAAAGAAGAAAGAUAAGAAAAAUCCUAAGGAUUAAGUGCAUGUAUUUCGUAUUUCUUAUGCUCGUAUAAGUGUAAUUGCAUUGAUAACGUUGAUGUGUACAUAUACAUUUACGGUUGUAGUUGUGACCAACAAGUUGGGCUGCUUUUUGGAAUAAUAAAACAUAUGAA